UUCACUCAAAUUCUGGACAAACGAAAAAACUAAAUUCUCGAGAAUAAUACGUAAAGGCGAGUCUUGAUUACGCAGAAGAAGGUUCGAAAACGAAAGACGAAGGAAAGAGGGAUUUAUUCCCUUUUUGCAAUCGGAGUCUUAUUUCGUAUCAGCCAAGGGAACUCGAAUAAUCGUUCCUUUUUAGGUCCCGUUUCCGCUUCUGUUUCUUCCAUCUAUGUGGCCCCGAUUAAAGGUUGGAACUUUGAUUUCUGUUGAAUCUUACACUUUCGAUCAUCUGUUUUACUCUCAAAUUGUUCUUGUAUUGGCGGAUUUGAUACGCAAUUCUGAAGAGCGUUUGCUGAUAUGGAUUCUCAAGGCUGCAUGGCUGAUGUAAUUAAUGUUGCAUAAAUGGAAGAGAUCGUUGGCUCGUGGAGUCUCCGCAUACAUAAAAUCUUUUCUGGGGAUUGACGUCAUAUCCUUCAAUGGUAAGCAUCAAAGUUCACCGUCGUCCAGCUAUAGCUUAUAGGCCGAUACAGCCAUCUGACUUGGCGAUUCUUGAGAGAACUCAUGGCGAACUGUUUCCCAUAAGGUAUGAAUCCGAGUUUUUUCACAAUGUUGUCACUGGCCAUGAAAUCGUGUCCUGGGGAGCUGUUGAUCAAAGUCGGCCCGAUGAACUGAGUGACGAACUUAUCGGAUUUGUUACUGUAAGAAUUAUUCCAGCCAAAGAUAGUGAGAUAGAAGAUUUACUGAGCUUUGAGGCAUCAAGAACAGACCAAACGUUAGUAUACAUCCUAACAUUGGGAGUUGUCGAUUCGUACAGGAAUUUGGGAAUUGCCAGUUCAUUAAUCCAUGAGGUCAUAAAGUAUGCCUCGAGUCUUUCAAGUUGCCGUGCUGUUUAUCUACACGUGAUCUCAUACAAUAACCCAGCCAUACAUUUGUACAAGAAAAUGUCGUUUCAGUGUGUACGGCGGCUGUACAAUUUUUAUUACAUCAAUGGGCAGCAUUAUGAUUCCUAUCUGUUUGUAUACUACGUGAAUGGUGGCCGAUCUCCCUGCUCACCUCUUUCAUCAUCUGUUUACUACAACGGUGGUAAUAAAGAAAUAGAGUAUGUUACUAUGUUAAUCAGCGACUUAGGCUUCGUAGUAAAAUGUGAGUUUUGGAGAAGGUGUCAACAACCUUCCUAAGCUAUCAGUGGUUAAAGAAAAGGAAUCGUGCCUCACAGCAACUUGAUUGAGUUCAUAAUCUCGUAGCUAUAUUUAGUUUCUGUUUGUCGUCUGAGUGCUAGAAAAGUGAGAUCUUCAUUUCUAUUGAAACAGAUAAAUAACAUAAGUUUGUAGUGAAAAUGCUGACAACCUUUGUAAAUGUAGUUAUGAAAGAAAAAAAGCAAGAAAAUGGAAAUUUGAAGUAUUCUACGAGGCCUGAAUUUUUCUACCUGACCCUACCAUGGCAGACUUAUUCGGCAAAAGCAUUUUCCUUCAUGUAAAUGUUAUCUUUAAUCUAAGUCAGUUCUUGUUUACUUAAGUUUCUUCGAUGGUAUAUACCAUUUCCUAACCUAGUAAUCCUAAUUUGCACGCUUAAAGCUAUACGUAUUGCAUGUAACUCUGCCUUGCAUCUUGCAGAGAACUUGUCACAAUAUUUGUCACUUAUGCAAGGAGUGGGUUCAAAUCAAUGGCUGCAAAGCUGUGGAAAAACGACGAAAGGAAGAUCUCCAAGUGGCCCAAGUAUAAAGAAUCGAGCUACCUUCUUCCGACAGUGCAGACCAAAAGAAUCCUCACCAAUGAGGGCUCUAGGUGCCAGUUCGACUAAAUCCAACGCCCUCGGGUAUUUAGAAACUCGUCUCACAUUCCUUUGUCGACAUAAUAACUUAUAAGCAAUGUUGUAUUGUUAGAAGUCUCGGCUACAUGUUGGUUGCUUUUGGAGUGGGUGUGUUAUACGGUGUAUUUAGUUGAAUCCUGAUGAGUAUGUGUAUGGCUUCUCUUCAUAGUUUUUGCAGUCCAAACUCUAUGUUUUAUGCAUGCUAGAAAAUGGUAAGUUUCAGAUUUAUUUCUUGUAUUUGGAAGUUUGAAAUUGGCAGCCGAUCUUGUGUUGUAACAUUUGUUUUUAUUCUUUGAUUCAAUCACACUCGCGUUUAUGCUUAA